UGGCGAAUGCGUCAAGGCCAUCUUUGACGUUUUGUGUAUUUAGUUAAAAAUUCUAAAUAAAUUCAGAUUUCUACAAGAACAUUAAUUUAAACGUAACGAUAUCGUGUCACGAAAAUGCCUUAGAAAGAAAAUAACCACUGCAAUUGAUUUAAGCUGACGCAGAAAUGUCUAAUUGAAUUAUAAGUGUUCUAUCUACAAGAUCUCGAUGAAUUUGAUCUUUGCGUUUUAAAUAAGAUAUUAUAAGUGAAAAACCUCAUAGAAAUGCGGUGCAGUGUACAAAACUGCUCCAACGAUACGAAACGAACAACCAAAUGCCAUGGGAUUACAUUUCACUUGUUUCCCAAAGAGCCAAAUCUCCGGAGUGCCUGGAUGGAGGCGCUAGGCAUGUCAGACUGGGAGCCGAAGGAGCGAAGCACAAUAUGCUCGGAGCACUUCCGGAAUGAUGACUUUUAUGAGACCAGAUGUGGGUUACGAAAGAUCAAGAAUGGAGCUGUGCCUGUGUCUGCUCAGGAUUUGGCCAAUGAUCUGGAUGCACCAGCUGCUUUAAGGGUGUGCAGGAUAUGCCUGGCAACGGACUGCAAGAUGUACAACAUACGGGAUCAUAAGCUGGAGCAGGCCUUCACAGAAGUCAGUGGGAUGACGAUGAGUGAGGAAGACAAAUUGCCUCAACGUCUCUGCUGGGAGUGCGGCCAUCGACUGCUAACAGCUGCCAGGUUUAGAAGCAAAGUUCUUAGAACACAUGACCUGCUCACCGGCCUGCCUCACGCCAGUCCAUAUAUCACAAUACGCGACAUCCGGUCAAUAAACCGCCGCCAAAACCAACUAAGAACUCACCUGACAUACAAAUACUAUGAUCCUAACGAUUUCCACAUACACAUAAUUGAUGACGAAAUCAUCGUCAAAUCAGAAAUCAAAGACACUGAAGAUAUCGAAGAAAAAGUACCGCCUAUAGCUGAAGUAGAACUAAUAAAAGAUGAAAAGAAUAAUACGGAAUUAUUUUAUCAAGAAUUCGAUAAUUAUGAUGAUAAUUUUAAUGAUGCUAAUGAUAAUGGAUGUAAUAAUGAUGCAAGUUAUGUUGAAGGUAACGAAGUGAAUGAAGAUAGUGACGAUAAAGUGUUGAGUGAAGUGUAUGUAAAGAAGAAGCGGAAAGUUAAGAAGGUUAAAGUGAAGAAGAAGGAGAAGGUAGUGAGAAAGAAAGAGGAGGAAGAUAAUCCAGAGACUACUAUGGAUAAAUACAAAAACUCUGACGUAAAACGCCGCAAGACCACCGACGGCCUCGACGAAUCCCUCUUCACCAUCACGACACUCGGCUAUGACGAGCAAAUUGCAGAGAUACAAAAACGGCAGGAGAGCACCAACUACAAGAGCGCGCCGUACAAGUGUGGCGUGUGUUAUAGAGGGUUCCUUGUACGGGAUAGAUAUGAUGCGCACGUCGUAAGGCAUAGUGAGCAAUCCGGAGCGUACGAGUGUUUCAUAUGCAAGAGUCGGUUGAAGAGCGCGCGGGCGCUGCGAAAACACCUCACAGCUCAACACACGGAGAAGUUCAGCUGUAAGGGCUGUCCGUUCGUCACCAGGAACAGGGGCGUCGCCCGAGAGCAUGAAAAGUGGCACGCGGGCACCAAGUACCAGUGCCCGCACUGUCCAAGCGAAUUCGAUAAACUGACUACAUACAUGGGCCACAUAAGAAUAAAGCACGUGUCGGACUUCGUGUGCGAGCUGUGCGGGUACACCUUCGUCAGCAAAAAGGGCAUCGAUGUUCACAAGAAGAAGAAACACCGGCUGCAGGACAAGACGGUGGAUUUAGAAGGCCCAUACUGUGAGACGUGCGAAGUACGUUUCGUGUCAGAAGACGCCCACGCAAGACAUCUCAAGUUAUCGUCGCGGCAUAGCAGCGAUAGCGACCCCAAUCGCAUCCGGAACGACUCACAAAGCAUCAACGCGGAGAAGAACGGUCGAAUGGUGCGGAGAGUUGAAAGGAGACCCGUCAUACACGCGCGCGACGGAGAGAGACAGGACACCGCCGGACCCGUCACUUGCGAACAGUGUGGCAUCCAACUACGUGACUUGCGAUUGUACGCCCAACACUUCCGGCGCGCGCAUCCAGACAAAAAUCGAACCAAGUACCCCGCGAUGAAAACACCGUGUAUGUGCGAGCAGUGUGGACGCAUUUUCCAGAGUAUGGCCCUCCUAAAAGAUCACAUGUGGGUGCACACCGGCGAGAAGCGUUUCAAGUGCGACCGGUGUGACAAGAGCUUCACCCAGAAGACGAACCUGGUGUUCCACAUGAGGGUCCACAGUGCCACCCGACCCAGCUACGAGUGUCCCCUGUGUGGAAAGCACUUUGCCUUCUUCAAUAACCGGCGGAGGCAUAUGUUUAUCCACACCGGUCUAAAACCAUUCAAGUGCGAAACAUGCGGCAAAUGCUUCACCACCGCCGGCGAGCAGCGCGCGCACGUCGAACACGUGCACAUGAAAAAACCGUGGCCCAAACGGCAGAGGCACAGGGAGGCUGAGCCCGCGCCGUGGCAGAAAUGUCUUGACCCUAUGGAAGACUAGAUUUCACUUAGAUCUAGGUAAAACAAGCCUUAAUUGGUAGAAAGUGGCUUUGAACUUAAAUAUCCUGGUCAGAGCACCAAAUUGUAAAAUUACCUUUUUUUAAAUACAAUAUACAAUGAUACUCUUCCUGGUAGUCGGGCUAAGUGAGUUUGAAUUCACGCUCUGAGUAAUUCAAAAUCCAUCUUUACUAGUGUCAUUUGCACUUUAUUCGAAAAAGAAAUGACAAUAAUGACAUAUAACCGUGAAACAUGCAGGAGACACUGAGCCCGCAACUCGGCAAAAGUGUUUUGAAAACUGAAAUGUUAGCUUUACAAAACGGCUAGGAUUUAUCUUUUACCGAAAAUCGUGAUGAAACCGAUAGAGACACUAGAUGCUUUUAUUAAAUCCUUAAACUAUACCACGAUGGUGACAAUUAAUAGCAUACGACCUACGCUAUCCCUAUUAUGCUAAGCUGUUAUCAUAAUCUAUGGAUGCUUGAAGAUUCAAGGAUAUGUAGGUAUAUGAGGAUUAAUUGUGUUGACAUCUUAGGGAAGAAUGCAGGUCGUUUUUUGUGCAUUUUCGAAAGCUUUAUUAUUUGCUAUUUUAUCACAAUUCUAUUUAAUUAUAUGAGUGCUGAGUGUGAAAUUAAAUAUACAUGUAUAAUGGUGUAUUGUAAAUAUUAAUAUCAUACCUAUAGUUUUAUUUAUGAAUUAUUUAAAUUACUCAUAAUUGCAAAUCUCAAACGGAAUCAUCACAAUUUAUUUAGAUUGUAUACUAAUGAAAGUAUUUAAUAUUUUACUUUAAUAUUUUUUAAGACUAUGUAGCGUCAAUGGGGUUGGCAACUGUCAAAGGUUUGCAUAGAUGGCGCCAUCAUAGCUUGCCCCUUUCUCUAGUUGUGUUCUAUGAGAUUUGGCUUAAAGGGCUGGCAUCCAGGGCAUAAAAUUCUAUUGAAAAAAAAAAAGAAUUUGACACAAUUCUAGGUAUUGACAGGGCAAGCUAUACUGGCGACAUUUGCUAAAUACUUCGCCCGGCAACAUUGUCAGAUAAUAUUUGGUUAGACAGUUGAUGGUUCUAUAGACUUUUAUCAACUAGCUCAUCUAACAAAGAUGAAGCUUUAUUAAAAAGAUGAUAAAUAACAAAUAACAUUUACAUUAAUUGUAUAAAACAAAAUUAUGACUACUUAUAAAAUAAAAACGAUUAAAACUAAACCUACCUAAAAAAAACCUAUAACCCUAUAUCACGCAGGCAGCUUUUCCCGCGCUGUAUCGGGAUAGCAAGCCUUUGCGCGAGAAAGCUGCCCGCGCGAAGGUCCCCCGUUGCCUCCCUCAUCCGCUUUCCAAGCUCCUUGUGGACCCCUCCCCUGCCCCAUGGACUGAAGAAAUUGUAAAGAAGAAAGAAUCAUGCAACAAUAUUUAUUAUUAUUAUAUUAUUAUGUCCUAUAUAUAUACUGGAAUUUUCACUAUCAGAGUUACGGGACACUCAUACGGAAAAAUCUGCUUUCAAAUUCGUAGCAAGAAUCUUUCUUCAUCAAUAAAUAACUUUGUUAUUUUGUGAACAAAUUAAUAAAUAUCAUUAGGAUUUGUCGCCUAUUAGUCGUAAGAUUGAAACGUGUAGCAGCUAGAUGUAUGAAAUUGUGUAGUAUUUUAUAUAUUAACUGAAUACAAUACAUAAAUUAGUUA